AGUGAUUUUGACGAUCCAUUUGUGAGUUGAAAAUGGAAACAUCGAGUGAUAUGGCAAGUCCUGAAGAAUACUUUGAUAACUUUGCAGCAAUUUUAGACUUGACAUAUGGACAUUGGAAAACUGCCAUCGUGAGAGCCGUCACUUCUUUGAGGUUGUUGGACGAGAUGGAUAAACUUUCAUCGGAUAAGGAUGGGAGUCCUGUCAUGGCCAAAGAGAUUGCGUCUAAAUGUGGAACCCACCCAGAAUUUACCUACAGAGUUUUAAGAGCAGCCUCAGCUUUGCUUCUCGUAGAGGAACAUGACUCUCCAGCUCGAUCCUUCACAGUUACCAAACGAGGAUCGCUUCUAUUGGAAAGACAAGAAGGUUCUGCACGUGGAGUUGUGCUGUUUGAAGGAAGUGUUGAACACUGCCGUUGUUGGUUACAUUUGGAAAAAUGCUUACAAACAGGAAACAAAGUAGUUCGAGAUGUGUUUGAAGAGGAUAACUAUUUCGAUGCUUUUUCAAAGGCAGAUUCCAAACAUAAAGAGUUUUUAAAAGUCUUUCAGCAAGGAAUGGCGUCCAUCAGUGAGUUUGAUACGAGAUCUAUCCUUUACAGUUUUGACUUCUCCAAGUUCCGCGAAAUAUGUGACAUCGGCUCGGGUCCUGGAGUGCUUCUAAAGUUGAUACUGAAAAAAUAUCCACAUAUGAAGGGCUGUAUAUCCGACUUGCCUCGAGUUUUGGAUGAAGCAGUCACCAUUGAACCCGAAUUGCAAGAUAGGUGUAAGAAGGAAGUGAGCGACUUUUUUGAAAGCGUUCCUCGGAACUAUGAGGUAUAUAUGAUGAAACACAUUUUGCAUGAUUGGAAUGAUGAAAAUUGUAUUCGUAUUUUGAGAAAUAUAAGAGAAUGUGCAGCACCCCAUGCAACAUUGUUGGUGUUGGAAUAUGUUCUUCCUGGACCGUCCAUUGUUUCACCGGGUAAAAUAUUUGAUCUUCAUAUGGGCAUGCUUCACUCCAGCAAGGAACGUACCGAAGAUGAGUGGAAGACUUUGCUAGCAAAGGCUGAAUGGAAAUAUGUUGGUUACCAGGAUACUGUUUCAGGGCAGAUUUCAGUUAUACAGGCUCAGAAGGAAUAAAGAUUUGUUUUGCAUUGUCUUAUUUCUAUUGCAUGAUGGAGUUUUCUAAUGAGAGUUCAUGCGUCAGGCAGUUUCAAAAGGGG